GGCUCUUUAGAUAAUUAUUGUCCGAUACUUGGAAGGGUUUCUUUGGGUUUCUAUUGCAAGUUUUUGGGUAGCAAUCAAGUGAGCAUCUGGACAUAAAGACUACUGUGGGAAUUCUAAUCACAGAGUGUCUAUUUUCUGAGCAAUGGGUAGUUAUGUACCAGAGAUACAAAACAAAACAAGAAAUGCAUGUGGUAUAACACACACAAGGCAUGCAACAACACACUCAGAAAAUGCAAUUGCAUCCUAUAUAUCCCUACUGCAAAUUAAUCACUAAACCCUAAAUUCUCAUAUACAAGAAAUUAACACGAACCAAUGGCCGCUCAUUCCUCUCUGGUUUUGCUGUUUUUGAUUUCCCUUGUGCCCACCACCCUUUCUCAAGACCCUACCUCCCCAAGCCCAACUAUAGCCAACUGUGCUUCAAGGCUGCUGCCACUGACUCCAUGUGCACCAUUUGUGCAGGGCACAUCUCCAUUGCCAGUGCAGUCAUGCUGUGACAACCUCAGGCUACUCUACAGCCAGGAGCCCAGCUGCCUCUGUCUGUUGCUGAGUGACGCUGCCACGAACACUUUCCCGAUUAACCGUACACUAGCUCUGCAUUUACCUGUUCUUUGCAACACCCAGAUGAACACAUCUGAAUGUUCAGGGGUACCUGAGCCUCCAAGUUCACCAGCUUCUCAAGUUUCACUGGGGUCACAAUCCAACUCUACUGCUUCUGCUGGGUCAAAAGCCAACUCUAGCAUUGCUGCUUCUCCAAUGGUUCAAGUGGCACCAAGACCCAUCAGGGGAUUUGGAUUUGGCAGCAGUACUGGUGAAAAGUUGAAGAAAGGAUAUCUUUUGGCAGCUGUGGCAGUUCUAACAGCCCUUCUCCUUGCAACUUAA